AUUAUUAAAAUAUUUUUAAAAUUUGGUUAUCCUCAAAAUUAAUUUACAUUUAACCCAAAAUUUUCUGUAUUUAUAUAACGAAUUUAAAAUAAUUAAAAUAAAAAAAAUAAAAUUAAUUUCAUCAUGAAUAUAUCAUUACCUGAUUUCUUGAUUAUGUGUGGAAGCCUCUUGUUGAUAGCUCUACUAAUAUUGGAAAUUGUUGACUGGACAAAGCUACUUGCACCUCUGACCAAUAAUCAUCCCACACAAAUCCCUCGAGAUAAUUCUACACACAAAGAUGAGGCUCGUACAAUUAUUUUCCAUGAACAAGUUGUUAAUGAGUAUUGUAUGAAUAUCAUAACACAUGAUGCUGUUGUGAUGGAACUAUCAAAGCCAUUAAAUUGGCAUGGAUACUCAUCUCAUCCAAUGUCCAUGACAAUGAAAAAUAAUAAAAAUACAAUUGUUAUAUAUGGUGUAUGGCCUGAAGACAGUGUUCCAGUUAUUAAAGGUGGUCCUCUAAUGAAUUCUCACAAGUUCCACUCGAUCUCAUUCCACUGGGGUGAAAAUGACAAUGUUGGUUGUGGCCAUACAAUCGACAAUGUCAAGUAUCCUCUUCAAAUACAAUUGAUCCAUAUUAACAAAGACAUUGAUUCUUUAAAUUCUUAUUUUAUUUCCAAGAAUAACAAUAAUAAAUAUAAUGAUAAUAAUAAUAUUUCAAUUGUAACAUAUCUUUUUAAGAUUAGAGACAAUGACAAUUCUCAAUUAGAGCCAAUUGUUAGAAGUUUGUGUAGAGUUGUAGAGCCUGAAUCACAAGUAUAUAUAAAGCCAUUUCAGUUGGAUUCUUUAUUUUCCACUUUUGAAAAUAAAUUCUACAGCUAUUGUGGAAAUUUAAUUCAACCACUAUUCAAUGAAUCUGUAACUUGGAUUGUCAAUCCAGAGUCAAUGAAUAUUUCAGCUAGACAAAUGAAAGAAUUUCGUAAAAUCUAUUCACAUACAUUACAACAAACUCAAGAUACUCAAAAUCUUGAUAUUUAUUAUUACGAAUAAUAAAAAUUAUUGGCUUUCUUAUUAAUCUAUUUUUUUUCUGUUAAUUAAAAAUAAAGUUAGCACAUAUGUUGCUACCAUUGAGGAUAAUUAUAUAUUAAUAUAUAUAUUUUUUUUCCAAUCGUACCUUUG